UUUAAUACCUUUAUAGAACACUCCCCAGACUCCUCUCUUCUCCGAUAGGAGCCAACCAUUUACGCGAGGCACUUUCUUCAGCGUUACAUGUACACAGGCUGAGCAGUUGAACACGAAUAACAUCGAUUGGAGUGUUACCGGAAAGGAAAGACCAAUGGACCAAGGAGCAACCAACGUCAUUGCAACAGAAGCUAUCCUCAAAGCGGAGGUGCUUCCUCAGCGUCCAGGAUUUCGCCAUCACAGAAAAGAGAACUAUGUGUGCCGCGAGCCCACCUCCCAGCGGUCCCUGGAGGGAGAUGAGGUGCCGGAGGUGACCCAGUCCCAGCUACAGCAGCCCAGAGUGAAGCUGAACGGUGCCAUGGUGGACACGCCCAGUCACCACGACCUACACCGCGAACUACUGCUCAGCACCAAACGAGGCCUGCUACCGGGAGAAAAGCCUGAGCUCAAGCGUGUCCUGGAGCAGAGGAGACUGGAGCAGCACAGAGAACAGGAACUGGCCCUGAGGCCUCCAUUAGAACUGGAGAUGGAGCUACGCAAGAGACAGCAGAUCUUGCUGGAGUACGAGCAGGAGGAGAUCCGGCGUCGGGAGGAGCAGGAGAGAGGAGUCCCAGAGUUUGUACGCGUUAAGGACAACCUGAGGCGCACACAGAUGUCCGGACAAUGAAGUUCACAUGAGGUUCCGUCCCGCCCCGUCAACCCCUGCACGGCCCUACCACAGAAGCCCUCGCUGCGUCCCGUUUCGGCACCCAAGACUCGGCGCCCACCUGCACCGUUCCCUUGCCACAGCGGCCCUGCCAUCCCAAUGAGCCGGUCGUCCGGCUUGUUUUUCCACCAGGCUCCCCCACACCCUCUGUCCUACAGCAGUAUGGUGAGGACCCAUUUCACUGCAGCGAGUUACUGAACAGAACACUGGGACUGGUGUCAAUCUCUUACUGGGCUGUUUAAACGGUGUGAGAUUAUUAUGAUGAUGAUGAAACUGUCUGAAUAUACAGCAUUGUAGGUAAACUGCUCAAUACCUUUUCAUGCAGAGAAUGAGUGAACGUGCAUAUAGGUCAACUGUAAGUAUUGUGUGUGUGUGUGUGUGUGUUUAAGUCAGUUCUUUUUCUUCAUUCGUAGGUUUUAUUGUAUUUUUCUAAGUAUUUAAAAAAAGGGAAAACUACAAAAAGUGUUCACUUUCGAAGUCUACUGCACUUGGUUUACAGAAAUUAUAUUGUUUGAGUGGUUUUGUUUGUUCAUUUCUUUGUGGAGACAUUUACUAUAGGGUUACUCCUGUAUUACACACAGGACAGAGACAAUGUCUCUAUUCUCUCCUUAAAGCAAGCCUCACCUUCAGUGUUAUUCAGUUAUUUUCCGUUGUCACACAUCGCUAAAUCCCCACUGUGUACUCGUAGUAUUAGUCAUUAAUUUGUUUGCCUGUUGGACUUUUUUUUUAGCUGUGUUUUACUAAUGAGACAAUAAAGAUUUCCACGAUUAAAA